GGGUAUUGUUCCCGCUUCCUUUUUUUCACCCGUUUAUUUUGAUAGCUUCAGUCACAUGAACAUCAUAUCAACUCCAUAAACGAGUCGAUCCGCCCCGUCUCAGGAACGGUACGAAGUUUCCAAGGUUCCAACAACCAAAAAGUGCCAGUCCAGUCCAGUCCAGUCCAGCCACAUCUUGUCCUAUCAGAUUCUGCACACGCUUAGGGUUCUAUUAGGAAUUAUGUGCGACUAUAUUCAGAGAGAAUAUGCCUGCCGACACAUGCGCUGGAUAGCGUCCCACUGGUGUCGUGAGUACACUAUCACCCACAAGAGGUGUAAACCGAACGUAGCUCACUUUGAGCAGAAAGAUUUCGACUGUGGGGAGUGUAAGAGCAGGCAAAGGGGAGCAGUCCCAUGGGAACAUAUGAUUCGACGCGACAAGAGCCAGGUGUAUUAAACAACAACCGCCGAAACAACGACGACACCACGAUCACCUUCACAAACGGAAUGACUUUAUGACCAACCAAUCAUCACAAACUCUCCCCGGCUCUUCAUCUACAACAACUCUUAAAAAGACAACA